AUGGCCGCACGCCGUCGUCAGUUCUCGGAAGGAGUUUUCAGCUUUUCGAUGCCCCUUUCUCUAACAUUACAGCAGUGCGAGUCAGCAAAAUAUCUUGUGAUCAAGCUUGUGCGGCAUUAUGGCCCUGACCAGACUGUGCGGAAGGGCUAUAAGCCUGCCGCGCUUAUUCAUGCUAUGCUUGAACAAGUUGCCUCUUUGGAUACUUUCUUAAAUCUCUUCCUGUCAUUCAUCUAUGAGGAUCUGUGCUCAGACAUGGUGUCCGUGGUGGAUUUCGACAUUACUUGCGCCUUAUCCUACCUCGAUGGUUUCGCAUCAUGGGAAUCUGAACAAAUAAUUAAUCUCAACAAAGCUAUUGAAAACUUUGCUGAGCUUAUUGUUGACGAAUUUCUCCUACCUCUUAGAGCCGCAUCUCUUAAAACACCACAAUCAAGGCCCAGAUCGUUGUUCUCACAGAGUUCCGCCCCAACCGGAACAGAGCAGCGUGUAUCUAUUCUACGACAGAGCUGUCUUGUGCGUGACCACCAUCGAUGUGUGGUUUCUCGGAAAUUUGACAGAGCAACGGCCAGAAAUCGUUUCACAGAGAAUGGGGAAUCUUGCGCCGACGAUGACGGGAAGCUGUUGAAAGAUGAGCCUAAUGGUGACUUUGAAUAUUUGGAGGUUGCUCACAUUUUACCUCGCUGCCUGACAACGAUAGCUUCCGAAGACACAGACUUGAGUGAUUCAAAGAAAAAUGUUCUCCGAGUCUUGGAUAUGUUCGAGGCCGGUAUCGGUCAUCUCAUAGAUGGCCCAAAGAUUGAUACCCCUAUGAAUGCCCUCACAUUAACGCUGGACAACCACCGGUUCUUCGGCGAGUUCCAGAUAUUUUUCGAGCCCACCGGUAUACCGCAUCAGUAUAGGAUUGACUCGACAGAGCAGGUUCCGUUCUUGCGGGAUCCUUUGUUUCCCGUCACUCGUACACUAACACUGAGCCCCGGUGGUGCAAUCGAUUCACCCUUCUCCCGUCUCUUCCAAGUCCAUCGUGCAAUCGCCAUCAUAAUGAAAUUGAGUGGUGCAGGAGAUUACAUUGAGAAGGUCCUCCAGGAUAUAGAGGAAUUAAAUGUCAGAGAAGAUGAAUCAACACAUUUGGGAUAUCUUACUAGCCUACGACUAGGCGGGUGGUUAAAGAGUUAA